AAAAAGGCAAGAAGGCUGCCGCGUGCAGGUUAACUGAUUAUCUCACUGACUCCCAGCGCUGCUGUAUAUAGAGUCCUUUUUACAUAGCAGCAGUCCUUGUGAAUCAACAGAGCUGGGUGUCUGUCUGCCCUGAUGUUUACGUCUUGAUAUUGUUAUGAUGAUGGGCUGUAGGAGUACUGCUAUUGCUGCUAGUGGGAGAUAACAGUCUACGCAAUACGAGAUUUGUUGUGUGUAUUUUGAGCGGCGCUAGCAGAGGUACUGGUAUUGAUAGUGUUACAAGUCCAUUGCUAAAUAACUGCAACAACAGUUUCGACGGCGACAUUGCUAGCCUCAUCGUUAUCAAAGCCCGUUUGUCAUCUCACCAGGAUUAGGAAUAAUAAUAAUAAUUAUCAUCAUCUUUUUAAUACAAUUGGAUAUUUCCCUCGCAAAAAUUACAAUGCUAUAUGAGAAAAUCAGAGUCAUCUAAAAAAGUGGACCGUAUGCAGGAUAUAGUCCUAUUGUAUAUAAAGUAUUAUACAGUUAUUCUUUUUGUCGACCUGGCAGCGGUAAUCCCAGCUGCCUGCCGGAAGGCAGUGUACUGAUCAUCGCUGCGAAUAUAAAAAACGUUUUUGAAGAGGAAAUAACACCCACUGUGCAGUGUAACCGAUUCGGAAGUGCGGUGUUUUCCAAAAGUGAGUAAGCUGACUGUUGACGGUGAAUUUUGUUCGCAUUUUGUUCUUAUUUCUGCUGGGCCGCGCUGUGUUUGGUGGCGAAGUGGUGCGCAACAACAAGUUCGUGCUGCCCGCUGGGCUUCGGGGGUGGUAAUGGUGGAGACGCUGCUCGUUCCGGGGGGCACAAUUUGCCAUUGCCAACGCCACCACUUUCGUCGUCGUCAUUAUCAGCAGCUGAAGCAACGACAACAGAAACAACAGCCGUCAAUUUCUGACAGGAGUAUGCCUGUUCCUGUCCAGGCCGUUCGUAUAUGCCAUCGUCCAUUGCUGAUGCUGGUUAGCGCCGUUGCUGAGGUGUCUUCUGGGGCAAGAUGAAAGAGAUGUUGGGCGGCUGUUGUGUGUGCUCCGACGAGCGGGGAUGGGCCGAAAACCCGCUCGUCUAUUGUGAUGGUGCUGGAUGCAACGUAGCUGUACACCAAGCGUGUUACGGUAUCGUGCAAGUGCCAACGGGCCCGUGGUUUUGCCGAAAAUGCGAGUCACAGGAGCGGACAGCUCGUGUUCGCUGCGAGCUGUGUCCCUCCCGGGAAGGCGCCCUCAAACGAACGGAUUCUUCGGGAGGCGGUUGGGCACAUGUGGUUUGUGCCCUCUACAUCCCCGAGGUCCGUUUCGGCAAUGUCACCACGAUGGAACCCAUUAUGCUGGAAAUGGUCCCUCAAGAUCGAUACCAUAAGACCUGCUCACUAUGCACCGAUUCAGGCCAUGCAAACCUGGGAGCGUGUAUGCAGUGCAAUAAGUCAGGGUGUAAACAGUACUUCCACGUAACAUGCGCACAGGCUGCAGGCCUUCUGUGCGAAGAAGCAGGAAAUUAUAUGGACAAUGUGAAAUACUGCGGUUACUGUCAACAUCAUUAUCAGAAGUUGAAAAAAGACAGUAACAUAAAAACGAUUCCGGCUUUCAAACCUCCAUCGUCUUCAUCGAUCCUCUCGGAGGACGACAGCGAUGCCCCACCACCAACGACGACUACAACAGGUCGAGGGCGUCGCGCGACCGGGGGCGGCACCGGUGGAGGCCGUGCCAAACGGCCGCCGAUAUACACCUCUGAUUCGGAGGGUGACGACAGUGCCCCAACACCUCCGUCUCAGUUACAUACGACGACGUCAACGAAGGCCGAAGGCAAAUCGCCUCCGAAGCGGGCGGCAAAGGAGCGCCAGCAGCAACAGCAUCCCGUCGUUCCGUCAGGUAGCGGCUCUGUUGCUGCCGCUGCUGCAGCUGCUUCAACAGUGUCGGCGAGCACAGUCUACGAUGAUCCCGAAUUCGAUGAUGACUCAUGCGAACUAUCGAAGGUUAAGUUCGAGAGUAAAAGCAGAGAUGAAUUCAAAUCAACGGCCAAGUCAAAACGUUCGUCGGAAAAGAAUCCUCCCGCGAACUUCAUGUCAAUGUACGACUCACUGACGAAGAAUACCGCCCAGAAAAAGUCACAAAGUGGAGGUGGCUCGAAGCGGACAUCGAAAGAAGCCAACAAGGACAGCAAUAAAGCCGACAAGGAUAGUGCUAGUGGAAUCGAUAAGGACCGAACGAAUCAACAGGUUCCGCCUUCUAAGCGGCCGAAGACACCGAGCACUGGCAGCGGCGCCAGUAACCAGUCGAACCACAAUCACAGCAGUAGUAGCAGUAUCAACAAUGCUACGAGUAGUAGUAGUAGUAGUAGUAGUAAUAAUAAUAAUAAUAAUAACAACCAGGCGAACAUCAACCAGGCAAGCAGCCCCGCCAAUAGCAAACCUCACAACGCCCUUACUAGCAGCAGCAGCAACAACAUUGCUACCUCAUUAAAUGUCGGCUCAGGGGGCAAUAGCCACAAUAACAAUAAUAGUAAUAAUACUUGUGGCAGCGGAAGUAGUAGCAGUCUAACGAAUAAUGCUAGCAGCAGUAGUAAAAGCAGCAAAUCGGCAAGUACCGCAACAUCACCAAUCGGGCAGCUACACUCAAGCGACCAUCGAAGUUCAGCUGGGGUCGGAGCUACGAUGAAUGGUAGUGCAGCAGCUGAGUGCAAACCUUCAUCGCUUAUGGGUAGUGGGGCUGGCACGACGCUAGCGGGUAGCUGUUCCGGUUCUGGAUCAGGGGGUAGCGGAAAUAGUUCUGUUGCUGCCGCAGGAUCAGCAGAGAGCUCAGUUCCUAGUACACCAUUAAUAGGGCCACAACGACCGCAGCGACCGCAGCUACCUCAGGCUCCGCCUCCGACAAACUUCCCCACGACGUUGGAGCAGCUGUUGGAGAGGCAAUGGGAUCAGGGAAGCUCGUUCCUGAUGAAACAGGCGCAACAUUUCGAUAUUGCCGCCCUUCUCUCGUGUUUACAUCAACUAAAAAGUGAAAACCACCAGCUAGAGGAUAAGAUACUCGCGUUGACAGCACGCAAAGAUCAUCUGCUAGCAGUGAACGCACGCCUGGGAGUGCCGCUAGCUAUGUUGAAUAACUCGUCAGCUACGCAAACCACGGCAUCGUCGUCACUCGUCGGUGGUAGCGGUGGGGUAUCGGCCUCACCGAGCGUGUCAGUCGGUGGAAUGUCCGUAGCUUGCGUCGCAGUGCCUGGCGUCAAUGGUGCACUCAGCGCGUCGAUCCAACCCAUGCCCGUCGUAUCAGGAGUGCCUUUGGCGGUUGUUGCGGGUGGAGCAGUCGCGGCUAUGGAUAGUCGGGUAACACCUUCACAAACCGCCGAAAAUGGCAGUGCGUCAGCGGCCGAAAAAGAGCGUUCAUUAGGUGGAACCGCUAGCAGUGUUGGGUUGACUGGGUAUCCCAGUAGCGUAUCUGUACACGGUGCUACUGCAGCCGCGAUCCAGCAACAUCAGCAGCAGCAGCAGCAGCAACAGCAUUCAACACCACCUCUGUCGCAGCACCAUGGAGCUGCAGGGUAUGCGGGAGGUAUUAGUGAGAGCGCCGCAGCGGCAAUGGCCGCCAACGGACGUUUGCCCCUGCCUAGCUAUAACUAUGCAGCUGCAGCCGCUUCACAACAACAACAACAGCAACAGAACAAUAACAAGGGCAAGAGGUGAUCACCGGAAUGGGCCAACGACGACAAUAGUAAAGCUGGUAAUAACGAUAGUGCUAAAAACGAAACCAGCAGUAGUCGCUGCGGAUAACAAGGACACAUGCAAGAUUCUCAUUAACAGCAGUAGCUCCAUUCUCAAGAAGGACAGGCGUAAGAUGGACGCUGCGAUAUAGACUGAUAGGAUGAAAUUUCUGGAUUUUGUUCGAACAACACGAGUUAUCAUAAUUACAUUAAAUAGCGAAGAGUAUCAUAUAAGAGUGUCUAAAACGACAGAUAAACGAAGACUGAAACAAAGAGAGCUUACGUGCAAGAGAAAUGCAUCAAACUAACGAGCGCUCAGAGGUAUGCGUAGCCUUUGAGCUCCAACCUGGUAAAGUGGUAGUUCUUGUGAAGAGGGUGAAAAGUGGUAACAGUCACCUGGGUGGCGUGUCAGCCGCGUGUGGCUGUAGGUGGCUUGGCGAAUUUCCGUGUAUUGAUAAUGAAUCUGACUGAUGUCGAUGUGUUUCGUGUGUGUGAAUGAACGUUUAUUAGUGCGUGCACGUGUAAUUGCAGAUAAAAUUUUUCUGCUUUCUUAUAAUGCUUAAAUUUAAAAAAUCACUUAACUUAAAGAGAUCCUCCUUCAAUUGAGAAUAGAUCACGGAACUCUAUACUGCGUCAAGUAACUCAGGCAUUCGAAAAAGUCUAUAUAUGGUUAGAAUAACAUUAGUUAAAGAUUCCAUUAUUGGUAGGCUGCCAUAUAAAUGCUGCUUGACAUCGUUUUCACCUAGCUACCAAAACCAACUUCACGGGAGCUACAAACCACUUGAAAAAGAUAUCGUACGCUCUCUAUGCAUCGAUUUCUACAAUCAGUUCGAUUAUUGUAAGCAGGGAACUGUUGCGCUCAAUAGAGAAGGUCGGCGCAUAGCUGCAGUAAAUGUUACUUCCUGUGGUCAAAGCGCAAAAACUAUCGUAUUCUUCCAGAAUGCCUUUGGCAAUUUUGGCGAUUCAGGCAAGCCAGCGCCGCUCUUAUGCAUGCGGGUAACAUAUUCCAUUGUUUUAGGCAGAGGUCCAUUUCAAGCAUUUACAGAACAUGACUAAGAUCAGAUUUCUAUCGAUUCAGCAAAGCACGAGAGUUGGCGUAAUAUGUGGCGAUAUCAAAAUAAAAGCGAGAACCAGAACGAAGGCUUAAUGAAACUCCUCAAAACGUUUUUCAUUCGGACGGAGGUACCGAUUUCUUACGGUCCACCAAAGGCACCUAUUCAUUAGAAGGGUGUUUUCUAGCCUGAGAAUAAACCUGCAAUGAAAAUAGAUAUUGUCGCUAGCAAGACCGCUGUUGAUAGCAAACAUUUCAGGGACACAUAUGAUACGAUCGUUUCCUAAUGCAGUUUGACGCAAUGAAAGACUGAGAGAGAAAAAUGGAUAGUAAUCGCAGAAAUGAGUUAAAAUUAUAGUCCGAUACCAGCGGCUACAAUGGUUGUAGGUGAAAAGCACGAAACAGUAGAUUCACCGUGAAGAAAAUAGGAACUCUCAAGUAAAAGGGUGUAAACUAGCUGUAAAAUGAAAAAGUACGAGAUGAAGGCAUCGGUAUGCAAACGGUUUCAUAUUGAUGAUAACUGCUACACAGCAAAAAUUCAAGAUGUAGUGAAGAAAAUGCAAGAGAUAGAAAAGAAACGCAAAGAGAUAAUGGUACGCGCUAGGUAGUGGAAGAUAAUUACUCCGAUAAAAUGGGAAGCGGAUAACCAUUAAGACAUAACGUUAAACGAGAAAAAUAGGAUAAUGGUGCGUCACCGCUGAAAGAUUGUACAGCAGAUUAGAUUAAUAGAAGUAGCCGACUCUAGUAAAAAGUAGUUGUGUGGUAUAUAGUGAAGAGGGUUGAUGCCGAGCCAGCUGAGUAACCGAUAAUUUUCUGCCCUUGGACUGAUAUAUAUAUAUAUAUAUAUAGGAUAAAAUCAGCACGUUUUUUUGCCCCGUGCGGAAAGUGUUUAUUGUAUUAACCGUCUAUCAACGUCUGCUUUGAGACCACUACGUGUUGUCACAUUACGAUAAAAGACGAUUUAGAGACACAUCAGAGUAGAAAAAUUAAAGAGAGAAUAACCAGUGGAGUGAAAGCUCAUGAUAAGGCCUGUUGUAGUAAGUUUCGCGUGAUUUCGAGCACGCUGUGACGAUGCAGUGUUCCAUAUUGUCGGUAAAUAAUUACUGUUCUGCUAUUUAAGUAUGCGUGUGUAUAAAUAUUCGUGAUUUGUAGAGAUUAGAUGAGAAAAUUGGUUGGAUGGAAAUUCGUUGCGGAAAACCACCGCGUACUGUGUAGAUUAGGGGGCAAGGGACGAAAACAGUCCCGAUGGCAUGUUGAACUGUUGCAUACAUUAAGUACCGCAUUAAUCAUAUACUGGACACUACGGGAAAUCGAGAAAUAUCGGAACAAAUACAGGUGUCCGCUCAAACUGUUGUCACCAAAAAGAACAAAAUAUGCAAACACGAGAUAACCCGUGAAACGAUUUUUCUUUCAUCCUUUUUUAUGUCUAGUCCCUCUGUAUAGUAGAGGCAAUUAAAUGUGAAGAAAAUGCUCUUAUAUAGCAACGCAGUCAACAUUAUAGCACUAGUGAGUUAGGUGAAAACUAUCUCCUCAUUUGAAACUGACUUUAUUACCCAGUUGCUGGACCUACAAAACACUCUUCAUUACAGAAGGAACAUUUGGUCGAACUUUAUCUUAACGAUACAGAAAUGUUUAUUUGAUGGUAUUACAAACGAAAUGAAGCUUGAUUUUACCAUCAUUAGAAAAGAUUUCUUUCUCGCUCACAUCAGAUCGCGCAGUCAAUCUAGACAAGUUGAGAAUGGAGAAGCAAAGCUCAGUUUGUCUUCGAUUGAAUUAUGUAAAAAUCGUCUUUCGUUGGUAUAUUACAAACGUUG